CGUCAGGAAAACAAACGUCGUGUGCCGCAAGCUUCAAUCUUAUUUUGUCGCGUAGUCCGAGCCAUUUAUAUUAGAAAAAUAAGCUUUUCGAUAGUAAACCGUCCUUCUAUUAUAUUGUUAGGUGGGUGCCAUUAACCAAAGAAGAAGAAGAAGAAUAGUAAACCAUCAUGAGCGUGUCAUUUAAAAAAUUAGAAGAAGACAACCGAUUCAAGCAACUGCAACGAUCUCUGAAACUAGCUAUACUGAAUAAAGAAGAUUCCAGUACUGCAGUAUCAUCACCACAAACGUUUUCAAGUAACCGCGAGCAAGUUUUAGCUUCCAGCAAUAAUUUGAGAAACAUAUUAGAGAAGAAACCCAUUAGAGAAAAUACUACUAAGCUGAAAGCAAUGACUACAUCCAGUGUCAAAGCAUACAAUGAUGAGAAGGAUUAUGUCGAUCGGCUUACUAUGCCACCUCCAUUGGGAAAUACAAUUUAUCGCACUGUUCGAGAAUCACAAGACAGAAUAGCAUUAUCAAAUUACAAAGAUGUAUCUUUAUCUGAUUCAUCUAUAUGUUCAACAAUGAACACAUAUUUAAGAAACGCUCCUACGAUAUCGAGUAAUACAGAUGAUAAAGCUACUGUAUCAGAGUACCAAGAAACUUAUGUCCUACCAAGUCUUAUCCAUGAUUCUCAGAAGAAAAAUCGAGUAUUUUCAAAAUGGAAAGUUAUGUUAAACAGCCAAUAUGAAUUGCUAAUUAAAGGCACUUUAGAAUGUGGUAAAAUUGCACGUAGUAAACCAGUUAUAAGAAGAUACUCUGAAAAAUGUGUUGAAUCCAAAUAUAAAAAUGUAUACAUUCUGGCAGGAAAUAUUAUUGACGAAAGAAAUGGAUUACCGGAUUAUAUUCGUGGAAAAUUUUAUAAUGGUUUUCCUGACGAUUGGGAGAAUGUUUAUCAAUUAUGGAGGACAUAUGUCGAGCAAGGAUGCUCAGUAACAUUUCGUUGGCCCACCCCUAUUACUGACAGUGAUGAUGAUUUAAAAAGUGAAUUGACAGAUAUGACUCAUGCAUACGUAAAAAACAAGACAAUUACCUCUGCAACAAAAUCUUGUAUUCCAAGUUUUGAAAAAAAUUCAUUUAUAAAGCCUUUUACUCCAUUUUAUAACACUGAAAAAGGUACAAUCGCUGUUGUACAAACAACGGAUAUGAAAUCUUUAUGUGAUGAGUCUAAUAAACAAAAUUUUAAAUUGGAUAUAAAUUCACCAUGCAAUUCUAGGAAAGUGGAUAGCUUAAAGGAUAUUCUUCAAGAAGAUAAACUGAACAUGAUCAUUAACAAUUUGGCAGACAAAAAUUGUUCUCUGGAGUAUGUCAAUAAUAUUGUUAAGAUGUUGGGUUAUGUGAAUUAUGCAGUAUCUUACAGAUCGGAAUCAGAAUGUGAUAACGAUUCAAUCUCCACGAAUAACGAAACCCAUAAAUCAGAAGCAAUGUCAAUCGAGAAGAGUUUAGUAUGUGAUAACAACUCUAUGAAUACUAAUAAACUUCGAAACAAACCAACGGAAUUGAAAAGCUCCAUAACUGAACAUUCCAUUGAUCCGGGAUACGGAAGCAGAAAAACUGAUUCUAACUCUAUUUUGCCAUCAAAUGCAUCAAAUUUUAAACCAGAAUAUUUCAAUAAUUUAGAUAAAUCAGAGAGCGAAAUUUAUGCGGGUAUGCCCAAAAUAUCGAUUGAACAAGUUUUAAAAACUAGAAACUCGCCUAGAAAGAUAUAUAAACGUAAAGUGAGAAGAAAAACGACUUAUCCGUACACUCGAGAACAUGUAAUAAAUCUGACACACAAUACAAAAGAAACUAAGUCCAUUCAUAUGGCAACAAAUGAAAACCAAAAGUUACUUUCAAAUGAAACUUACAUUAAUACAGAAAAUGAAGUGGAAACAAUGCACAACAUGAGAAAAUGUCACAAAUCACCCAUUAGUUCAAAAUCACAAGAAGAAAUGACUUUUUCUAAUGACCGAAAAAUGAAUAGAAAUCAUUUUGAAAUUUAUGACAAAGGCAAAUCUGUAACGCUUGUACAAAACAAACAUCCAAUUAAUGCUUUUGACGCGCAAAAAAACAAUGCAUCACAGUUUGUUUCAGAUAUUGAUUAUACCAUCAAUUCUCACGUUGAUAUUGACGUUGAUACCGUUAAUUCAUGCCAGACGGCAGGUGGAAGUGUAACAGCGUCACAGGCUAAGGUGAGCCAAGAUAUUGUAGCAACCAAAAAAUCCAAUGUCUCUUCGAAAUUACAUAGAGACUUUAUCGAACAAACAAAAAACGACAUUGUGGUAAAAUCCAAACCUACCAUAAUUAGUUCGGUGCCGGUAAAUUUUAAAUUGAUACUAAGUAAAGAAAAAUUUAAUAAAACUGCUGAGCAGCUACCUUUCCGAAUAAUAAACAAUGAUGAACAAAAUACAGAUAUUCAGCUGUUGGAAAAUGUUAACAAGAAGUUCAUGUCAAAGACAUCAAAUGUUUCAAAAUCUGUGGUCAAUGAUUCUCAUAAGAAGACAAUUGUCAAUAAUCCGGUAACAAACAAUAAUAAAUUGCAUAAUCUAAAUUCUAUUAAUCCGACGAUAGAUCCAACAACUGAGCAACCUAAAAAACCCAGUAAAGAACAGAAUGGAAUUAAAAAAACCCAAAUAUUGACUGCAUGGAUACCAAACGUAGUAUAUUAUGCGGAAUCAAAAUCUAAAUUAGGUUUAACUUUUCAAGGAAGAUUAGUUAAUGAAGCUGGCUACAUUACACACAGAAAGUAUAUGACAGACAUCGUGUUAAAGCGAUUAUCAUCGAGAUUAAUUGAAACAAUGGAUCAUGAAAUUUACGAACUUUCUGGAGAUUUAAACGACAAUAAACAUAUUAUUCCCAAGGAACUUGUAAAACAAUGUCGUUAUGGGUGUCCUUUGAAGAUCGAACAAUUUUGUUUGACUUGGAAAACGUUGCAGCAAAAUAAUGUUGAAGAAAUUCAAAAGAAAUUUCAUGAUGCACCUGUUAGUUCGAGGGGUCGUCGUAUUUUACCUCCGUUAAGUUACUGGACAGGUGAACGUAUAUUGUUGAAAGAUAACAAUCCAUUCUAUAAUCCAGGAAAUUCAUUUUCAUCACAGAAAUCGUCAUUUUUACAGAUUAAUAAUUCAAGAAAAAUUCAAAAAAAUACUGUGGAUAUUGCUAGAAAAACAAAUGAACAAAUAAUGCCUAAAUCAAUGAUGACUUCAGAUAUAAAUAAAAAUCAAGUCAAUGCUGCGAACAAUACGAAAAGAUCUGAUAACUCGAGGAAAUUCGUUCAAAGCAAACGACAGAAGUUGACGAACUCUAUCGAUUCCAGCGAAGAAGAGCAAACAACAUCUCCGCGAAAGUAUGUGCGCAGUACUAGGACAAACAAAAAUGUAAAUUCAAACCCACAAUGUACCAUGACAUUAAGGAAGCGAUCAAAUGUGACAUAUAAUUAUUAUAAAGAUGUUAUGCAAUCAGAAGACUUUUUAUCGGAGAACGAAAAUUCAUUUGCAUAACUCAGAUGGUAAUUUCACAUAAAUGUUUUGUAUAUUGAUGUCAAACAC